UGACUCAUUUUCUUACCUGCAAAAAAAUGGUGGACAACCAUUUGAAUUUACGAACGAUCGAGAAGAUGGUAAACUUGUGGAGUCUUAUUGUUGUAUUGAUUGGAAUAUCGACUACAUUUGUUGAUGCGCAGAGACCAGAUAUUGUAGAUGAAAUUCUACCUGAGGUUAAGCAAAAGAAUCAAAUAGGAUACCUGAACUGUACAGUAGUGAACAAGGGCUCAGAGUCAGUGGUUCAGUGGACGAAGUCACAAACAGUUAAUGGAGGAAACCCUAUUUUGUUAAGUGAAGAUGAUAAAAUAGUUUAUCAAGGCUAUAAUCAGGGAAUAAAUGAGGAUUCAGGACUGGACAAAUAUGAUGUACAGAGUCGUACAAAUGGACGGAGAAUCACCUACAUGUUAGUGAUUCGCUAUCUAGCAGAAGAAGAUGCUGGAGAUUAUCUUUGUACAAUAAAGAUCCAGGGUGUGGAGUGGACAGACUGGCCUACAAAGAUUGGCAAGCUUACGGUGCAGAUUGCACCCCAGAUUCAGCCAAGUAUUAAUUCAGCUUAUGAACUGGAUAUUGGAUCUAACCUUCAGUUGGUCUGUGAGUCACAUGGAAUUCCGUCACCCAACAUCACGUGGAAGAGGGAAGAUGGUCAGGAAUUGCCCAUGGGAGGGUUCCAGUCAAGGGGAGCCCAGUUGAAUCUGACCGACAUUCAGAAGAAUGAUCGUGGUAACUACAUCUGUGUAGCUGAUAAUAAUGUCAAACCUCCAGAUGAUUUCAAAGUGGAAGUAGUCGUCUUUUUCCCUCCCGCCUGCAGGCCAGUACAGUCCACAGUGGGUCAGGCACAGAACAGAAGAUUUAACGCUAAACUUGAGUGCAUUGUAGCAGGAUUUCCUCAGCCUAGCAUGAGAUGGAUGAAGGAAACAGAAAAUGGAAAACGCACGGAAAUUACGGACGAUGAUAAAUAUGACAUCACCAAACAGUUUAGCAGUCAGCUUCAGAAUGAUGAAUUUUGGUACACACUGCUUGUGAAAAAUGUGCAGGCUAAAGACUACACUAAAUAUUAUUGUGUGGGAACAAACAGAUAUGGAGAUGGAGAAACAACUAUCAUAUUGUUUGAAACCAUGGAGUGUCAAGGAGCCAAUUGUCCGAGUGCUGGAGGAUCAGGAGCCUCACAGCUGGAAGUGUCCCUGUCAUCCAUGAUCGGUCUAGGACUUUUCUCCCUCUUUUUACUUUGGAGGUUGCAAUACUAACUGAUCGUGACAAUGAAGUAUAUAAAGUCUUUAAGAUGAAAUAAAGGGAGAGAACUCUUCACUAUACAUCAGAGUGGGCAUGUAAAUAAUUAUUGCUGCAGAGUUUUUUUUUUGAAAUUGAAAGAAAUAUUUUGAAGAAAAUUUCCUCUUAAAUGCAAUAGCUUCAAUCAGGUAAUAAUGGUUUACAAUGGAAGUAAUUUUAAAUCAUUGAUUGACACAUGAUUCAGAUUCUCCUUAUAAUUCGCACAAAGUCAAAACUAUGUUGUAUAAAUAUAUUUUUAUUACAAAUGAAAAUCUUUAUUUGGAAGUAAUAUUGGCAUUAUGAAUAGGCUACUUUGUUAAUAUUGUAUAAAAUAUGACAAAGUCAUUGAUAUAAAUGAGACAAAUUUGAAUUUUUAACUAUUGAUCACCAUAAUUUUGUACUUCACGGAUUGUCUAUUUAUGUAUUUUAUGUUUUAUAAUGUUACAUUAGGAGACACAAUUCAUUGUGAUUGAAUGGAAGUGCUUUAUAAUUUAUAUUGGAACUCCCCGAUGCCUAAUUAAUUAGUACUGUAUUGUAAUUGUUAAAGAAAGUGAUUUUUUCCAGUCUUUGAUUUGUUUUGACCAAUUACUGUAGUUUCACAUGUUUCUCUCAAGGAAUUUUCAUUUUUAACUAAAUGUAAGCUUUUCAGCCAAUUGUUAAUUAAUUUUCAUGCACUAAUGCAUAUCACAAAGAAUUUUGGUAUUUUAAGGUACGAAUUACACAUUCAUUUGUCAAUUUGUGUGAACUAUCAAAUAGUCUCGUUCGUGCAUUAAUUAAUUUGUUCAUUUCACAUUUUAAAUGUGUGUGUUUUCUGGCUUUAUCUGUUUGAAAUCCAUAUUUUAAACAUAAUUACCAUAAACACCCUGAAAAAAAAAAAUGUCUUAUUGGAAGUAAAGCUAAAUAAUGUUAAUUACAAUCAACAGUAAUGAGAAAUUUCUUUGUCUGCACUUUAUCAUUUACAAUUCACUAGCUUUAUUUAUGUCGUUUUCAAAUCUGGAAAAUAAUGGGAAAAAAAAUGUAAAUGGAUUUUAAUUACAAAAUUGGAAAAUGACCCUGAGAGAAGUGAAAGCUGCAUACAGUACUCUAUUGUUAGGCCUAUAUCCUAGUAAGUGGUGACUGUGAGGGAUUGCUAUACUUAUAUCACCAUUUCAAAGGUUAUACAUUAAGAAUGUAAUUAAAAUUUAGGUUCACUUUUUUCAUUAAUUUAAAAUCAUUUUUAUUUUAUAUUGCAUUUUACAAUGUGCUUAAUGAAAGGAUUGUUAAUAAUCCUAGUGAUUUUUUUUUUGUUUGUUUUUGGCUCGAUCCCUCAUUGUGAAUAAAACCAGUUUAUCAAUAGUAGACUAGAUUUAAUCGUCAUGUAAUUAUAGAAUGGCUCGGCAUUUCAAUCAUAUUUGUACAUAUCCAUGAUAGAAAAUCAACAAUUAAAGAGGCCAAAUUGUAAAUAUCUUGCUUAUGUAAUCUCAGAAUGUGUCCUUUUUUAAUUCUAAUUUUAUAGAGCAAAUGAUGAAAUUAUUACUGUGAACAUAUUACAGUGUGUAUGUUACGUUAUCUGAAGAAAUGAGUGAAGCAUGCCAGUAAUUUUUUAUUUGAAUGAUAUUAGAGAUGGAUUAAUGAUUAGACAAGUUGAUGUAGGUAUAAAUGUGUUAUAUUGUGUCAGUUGUCCACCCACCCCCCUUUAAAUUGGAAUUUUGUAAACAUUAUCUUUAGGUAAAGCAGUUUUUCUGUUUAAAUACUGGUCCAUUAGAAAAAGAUAAAGAUAAAAAUAUUGCAAAAUGAAUAUUAACCAAAAUUUAUGUAACUAUACUUAUUUAUUUUGUUUAUAGAAGGUAACCGGUUUGGUCUUGUAUUUGGUAAAAAAUGUGUGAGUGGUAGAAUAUCUGCACUACAUUAUAUAUACAUGUACGAGGGGUUAUCAAAAAGUUCGUGGACUGAUGCGAUAAAAUUAAUACUAGAAAGUCUGUGCUUACAGAAUUUAUAAGGAACAUUAAACAAUAAAAGUUUAACAAAUGUUGAAAAUUUUAGCUUGAUACGUUGAUAAUUUGCCAAAUUAUUCUAAAAUAAAAAAGACAUUAUAUGAUCACCCGGCGCUGUCGCCGUUUAGUUUCAUGACGUCCGACAACGUCAUUGUUUCUCAAUGUCCGCUCUCUCUACCCCAUACACUUAUCUUGAUGAGAUUACCUGGAGUUAAGUAAGGGCCUAAGCCCGUCUUGUUUAUAUGACUUUACACUGUCAUGAACAGCUGAUUUCAGUGCACAUAAUAUUGUAAAUGAAUCUAUACAUCGGGAAAGAUCCUCACUUGAUUAUGCCAGAAUACUUAGCUUUUUGGAGUUCAAUUUCUACCACACUUGAUCAACGUCACUCUCGACGUGACUAACUUUUGACACCCUGACAACAAAUCGACAUUAACUGUGCGUAUUCCAUCUCUCUGAAUCUUUGUGGGUAUUAAAAAUAAGUACUCUAGAUGCAUUUUAUUUUUCUGUAGCCCCUUUAAACAUUCCCUAAGUCAUUACCAGUUUUUCCAGGUGCGAAACUGUAUAGAAUGUUGGGAAAAAAAAACCUCCCCCUUUUUGACGUCAUUAUCAAACCCUUAUUUGUUUGGACACUCCAUAUAAAAUUUCAUAGAACUUACAGAAUGGGGUAAAAAUUGCAAAUUUUACGGAACAAUUGUGUCGUACCACAUUCCGGAAUUAACGGGAUUUUUUUAUGACAAAUGCUCAUAUCAAGAGAGUUUUUCUCAAUUAUACUCAGAAAAAACGUCAUAUUUGAGGUUGCGCCGCCUGGACAUACCAUUGCUUACAAAAACAUUAAUAAUUUAUUAAAAAUUAAAACUUAUGAUGUAUGGUUGAUUCUAUAGAUAGAAAAGGUGAUGCUUACUAAAUGUCUUAAAAUUCAUUGAUGUAUCUAAAGCGGUUUUAAACUUAUGGCGCUAGUCCACGAACUUUUUGAUAACCUCUCGUAUGUAGUUCUUUUACAUCCUUGUUUUACACAUUUAAGUUAAUUAUUCUGUUUUAUGCAUUCCAUUGAUUUUCUUGAACUAUGUCCUUAUAUCUGUGCUCAGAACUAUUUGUUUAUUGUACAAGUAUGUAGUUUAUCAAAAUCCACUUUUUUAACCAUGAAUCUUAUAUGUGAUAUAUGCAAUAAAUCUUCAAUAUUCCAAA